AAUUCGUCACCUGACGAGACUGUCUCCACCCUAUUUGGCGACUCUUUUGCCGCUUUAAUCCGCCCUCCUCCGUGUCUGCGAAUCGGCCUGGCGGCAGAUGUCGUGUUCACCAGACGCCUGGGCUUUGGUUGCUGGCUCCGUGACAAGUUGACAACCAGCACGUGCACUCGGCCACUCGGUCAAUCCGACAAUUGUUCGGCUGACAAAUGGUGUCUUUGGCAGCGGCGAAUUGUGGCCGAGGCUGCUCGUCGCGUUGCGGGGAUCGGUGAUUUGACAAUAUUGGCGCUCGUUUAUGAGCCAGCGCAAGUCUUGUUGCAGGUGCAGGUCCUCAGCUCUGACAGGGUUGCACUCGAGACCCGGAGAGGAUUCCGCCUCAGAUACACACGAGACGGGAACGAUGAAAUGGCUGGAGGGAGGGGGAAGGCCAAUUCUCGGCAUUCUUUGUGGGGUCUUUAUCAGGUCGUCUCAGCUCUUCGCUCGUCUGAACACAACAAUUCGUUCAUUGUCCCUCUCGCCCGAAACGCUGGCAAGGGCUGGCAACUGAUGUCUUUCUCUGCCGAUGGGAGUUUGUCUCAAGCGAGCCUGAUUAGCAAACGAAAAAGUCGGAUCAGCCCGUUGGACGCGAGGGGACUGUUCUUCAGUAUUACAGUCCAUAGGGUCAUUGCUCAAGGGAACGAUCUGUCCGCAAGGUUCACCUCCAUCGACAACGCUGCAUUAAGCCAUUCAGUAGGUCGUGAACAAGAAGCCGAAUCAUCUAAAAUCACUUGA